AAAUAACUGGUAUAUUAAUCAGAUCACAAUGAGUCUUAUUAUUGAGGAAGAGAAAGAUAAUUACGUAAAAGUAACUUGGCCUAUCAAACUUUCCAAGUUAAUCGCAAAAUUUUAUUACUCAGAUCAAUUUGAGAUUGAAAAUAUUGACAACGUUAGUUUUAGUAUGAAAUUAGAAUUUGAUAGUUCAUUAUCAAAGCCAAAUUUUAAUUUAUGGAUACGAAAAUCAAAUUCAGAACCAGCGUACGCUUUAGUCAAGGUGUUGGUCGGAGACUUACCGAUGAAUCAAUCUCAGCAUUGGAAAUCUUCAUGUUACUUUAAAAACAUAAUUAUCCCAAAAGAGGCAACUGUUGAAAGAAUGCUUGAAUUUACUGUUUAUAACUUCGAAAUUACGUGCGAAAUAUUUUGGAGAAGUUCUCCAAUAAUAAGCUAUAAUAACAAUCUUUACAAUGAGAAUGUUAAUUUCCACAUUGGCUUGAAAUUUUCAUGGGCAUUUUCAAAUAUCUUUACUUUAUGGGUCGAAAAAUCAAGCUUAGAACCAGCUAAUGCUCUGAUCAAGGUGAUUGUUGGUAAUGUUGAGGCGGAAGUUGAAGCUGAUAAUUGGAAGGACUUGGUGUAUAUUCAAAAUAAUGCGGCUAUUUCUGGAGAAACAAACACCCGACAAUUAUAUGAUCGAUCACUUCGUGUUGACUAUUCUUUCUACGAUAUCAACAUUACGUGCGAGAUAAUUUGGAGAAGUGAAAUAGAUAGUAGCCUUAACAACAAUCCGUGUUUGGGAAACCUGAUACUUUUUGCCUGUAAUAGCAAACCUAAAUAUUAUUCAAAAAUAAUCGGUAUAUUAAUCACAAUGACUCUUAUAAUUGAGGAACAAAAAAACAACUACGUAAAAGUUACUUGGCCUGUUGAACUUUGUGAGUUGGACGGAAAAUUUUAUUACUCAUAUCAAUUCAAGAUUAAUAAUAUCAACAACGUUAGUUUUAAUAUGAAAUUAGAACUAGGUGGUUCAUCAUCAAAGCCAACUUUUGAUUUAUGGGUACAAAAAUCAAAUUCAAAACCAGCCAACGCUUUAAUA